AUGGCGACGAGUAACGACGGCUCUUCCUCUGGAGAAGAACGUGAUGUCAUCGAAGUAACGCCGGCGUCCUUCCCUGUGACUCCGACACCACUUCAACCCGCUUCAAUAGAAACUAUCAUGGCGCGCCUUGCACAGCAAGACGCAGCCCAGAAUGCGGCGACCGACCAAAUCGCAGCGCUUGCAAAGAUCUUAGUCCCCCUCGCUGCGAACGUAGAAGCUUCGACGGCACAGUACCGAAGACAUCUGUUUAACACAGAAAGGGCGACUGGUGCAGCACCAAUGCAGACCGCAAACCAAGAUGUCGCCGACGGUGACGCGGCCCAAACCCCGGUCAGCCUUGAUGCGCAGACGAUAAACGAACUCGCCGCGCUGAAACCGUCUGUGCUGGAUAUAAGCUCCAAGAUUAAUCAUGUCACUACGUCCGCCCCUCAGAUCGAGCGAGUCCUAGCAGAAUCUCUCCGGACACUAUUCACCAAAAAGAUAACGACGGUCCGCCUCCGAAAGAUGGAAAAGCUCCGUCUUCCAACCUUCGACGGUGUCUCCGACCCUUCUGCUCACGUCACAUCCUUCAAUAUCGCGAUGCGACGCGCGAACCUCUCUGAUGAGGAAAAUGACGCAGGCUUUUGUCAACUCUUCGUCGAAACCCUAGAAGGUAUCGCUCUCAACUGGUUCACCGGUCUUCAGGAGAACUCCGUUGAUAGUUUCCACGACCUCUCGACGGCUUUCCUCAAAAACAACAUCAUGUUCACUCGACAAGAAGCCACCGCCACGGAUCUUUGGAAUCUCAACCACGCGAACAGACAGAGCUUGAGAGAUUUUAUGGAGAAGUUCAAAUCCAUUGUCUCGAAAGUAGACGUGCCAGAUCAUAUAGCCGUGGAGUCGUUAAUGAACACCCUCCACAUUAAGUCACCAUUUCGGGUGGACCUUUACCGACACCCGACGAGAUCCGUACCAGAUGCCAUCACACGAUCCCUUUACCGACACCCGACGAGAUCAGUACCUGAUGCCAUCGGUCGAUCCAAUAACUUCAUUCGAAUGGAGGAGGAUACUAGGGCAAAGGCGGCUAAAGAAGCUGCAAGAAAACAGACUCCAGCCCAGAUGAACGACGCUCGUCAAGAACCGCACCAACAUUCCACAAGUGGCAAGCCUAACCAGAAGAAGGGCUACAUGAAUGCUAUAGAUGACUGA